CAUGGCCGUCCAGAGGAUCCUGGUGGAGGAGUACGAGAUCAACGCCACCAUCAUGCUCGUCACGGCGGGCGUCGGCAUCAUCGUCAACAUCAUCAUGGGAGCUGCGCUCCAGAUAGGCGGCGUUCCGCACGGCCAUUCGCACGGCUCUUCGCACGGUUCGGACCACGGGUCGCCCUCCAAGGACUCGGACGAGGAGCGGGAAACGGACGGUUUUCAGUCCCCGGUGAGCUCCGUUGCAGCCAAGGGCACGGGCAACAUCAACGUCCGCGCCGCACUGAUCCACGUCAUCGGAGACUUCCUCCAGAGCCUGGGCGUCUUUGUGGCCGCCCUCAUCAUCUACUUCAAGCCCGAGUACCGGAUUGCGGAUCCGCUCUGCACCUUCCUGUUCUCGGUACUGGUUCUGCUGUCCACGGUGGCCAUCCUGCGCGAGGCCCUCACGGUACUGAUGGAGGGCAAGCCGAACAGCAUCGACUUUCGCCAGGUCCAGGAACUGCUUGCCCGGCAGCCCGGCGUGUACCAGGUCCACAACCUGCGCAUCUGGGCCCUGUCUAUGGACAAGAUCGCCCUCUCCGCCCACAUCGUCAUCCGGCCCAAUGAAGACGCGAUGCACACCCUCAAGGCCUGCUCCCGGCUCAUUCGCUCCAACUACGACAUCUUCGAGCUCACGCUGCAGGUGGAGGAGUACCACGCGGUCAUGGACGACUGCGUCAAGUGUAACGGCCGCCAGAAGUGAUUCAACGACCCGCAAGUUAACCCGCGACAACCAAGGCCCCGGAAAGGGUGCUGGCCCGAAAGGCGCGCGAUGUGCUUCACAGAGGAGUCGCGAGCUACGUCGUUCACAAGAUGCAACCGCGGACAUCCACACGCGUUUCGCGGCCUUUCCAUGGACGUUUUACGACAAUUUCCUGGAUGUUUUAUAGAGGCGUUUGAUACGCGUUCCAUGGUAAUUUUACGGACGUUUUGUCUUCCGUAACGCGUUAUUGUGCACACAGCCCACCUUCCCCAAUGAACCUCCCCAGGUUCAUUUGCGAUGCUCUCUGCCGGAGACGGUAUGAGGAAAUGGAGCUGUACCAUGCGUCAUUGGCUGUGUGGCAUAACGAAGUUGCAAUUUAUGUAAUCGUUUUCCAGCGGAGAGAACAAAUGAAGCUGGCUUUCAACCGUCCCAGUUUUUUUUAGAAGAACUGUCGAUAAAGCAGCUAAUGAUUGACACGAUCAGUGUCGCUGGAACGGAUGACUUCAUCGUCUCAAAUGCUUCUAAGUCUCACUACAUCUAUGAAGGGAAAAAAUGUUAUUUGUUUAUUAGAGUAGACAAGUCGCUGCAGAUGCCCGUUGAAAAGCACUCCUUGUGGAGUGUCAGAGCAAGUUCGGACGUGUUACAAAUUCCUUGUAAAUAAUUACUGCGAUAGUUUCCCUCAUCUUAGCAAGUAUAGCAAUCAAACGACUGCACGUUAAAAUGUGGCCAUACACGGAUGAGCGACGUUUCACUAGUGACCUCGAGUACUGCUAGCGCCGUGUUCGGUUGGCAGACAGCGGUCGUGGCGGGACUAUGGAAUGAACGUCGUCGAAGCUACUUGCCGCCAUUUUGGUGCGGCAGCUGAGGUCACGUGGCCCGGAAAUUUCGUGUAGUUCUUGACGUUGUACUCACGCAAUUUAAGAGCGUUUUUAGUGCCCUCUUUUUAGCACAAUUGAAAUAAAUCUGUAUUUUUUUAUUGCGGCAUCUUUUA